AUGUCGGACGAAAAGCUUAUGGAUGAUGUUACUGAGUCCGAAACUGGGUACUUAGAAGUAUACAUCAGAUUUAAUGAUGACUUUGAUAAAGACUAUUGUUUCCAGGUGAAAUCAACUGAUACCUUCAAGGAUUUAAAUCGUAUUUUUACUGAGUUACCAAUUGCAUUAAGACCGUCGAUUUUCCAUCUGUCUAUUCCUUUGGGCUAUAAGGUUUCUACCUCACCAGGUUACCUUACUGAAGAUGGUUCUCUUUUGUUCGAUUAUGACACUGAUAAGAAAAAGUUUGGCAAGGUUGUUUCCUUGAACAGCAAGAUCUCAGAUGAGUGCUGGCCUGGUCAAUUAAUCAUACCAAUUUGGGAAUUGAAAAGUUUUUGGUUUUACAGUUUUGUCUCAUUUUUGCUCGUUUGGUUGUACACGGAUUUGCCCGACUAUAUCUCCCCAACCCCUGGUAUCUGCUUCACUAAUCAAGUCAGCUAUGGUUUGGUUAAGUUAGCUGAAUAUUUCGACCAAGAAAAAUGGGCCAGUGCCAUUAUUAAUGACUUGUUAGAACCGGUUAGUGUCCCUGUUCAAUUUUUGUUCUUCUUUUUACACUUCAUGAAGUGCGCAAUGGUAUUCAUGAUCUUAUGGACUGGUGCAUUCAACCCAGUUGGUGCAAGAAUUCCAUUCAUCACCAGUCCAGUCAGAACGUUGCUGGAUAUCACCCGUGAAGAGUUGUUAGCAAUUGGUUGGACUGGUUCGAGAAGAGCCUCUCCUGAUGAAUAUAAGGAGUUCUUCAGAGAAUACAAGAUCAAGGAGCAUGGUGGUUUGGUUCCUGCACACAAGGCCGGGGUUUUCGAAAAAUUGAAGAAGUUGGGUGUGUUCCUUGGUGAGGGAGAAGGUUUCAAUACUCCUUUGGAUAACAAGUCCAGUACUUCUGUUAAGGACUUGUUGAACAAGAAGGAUGCUAAGUUUGCCCUUAGUUACGAAUAUCUUGCCCUUUUGGGUGAAUUCUUUGAGAAGUAUUCAAACGAGAAUGAAGAUUUGAAAAUCCAGGAUUUGGUUAAGCAGUACAGAAGAUACGGUAUCUUGCAUAGCGAUGCAACCAUCAAGAAGAUUGUUGAAAACAGAAAGGAAAGAGGUGAUACAUUCCCUGAAACGAACUAG